AUGCAUUCGAUUUUUGGUUUGUUCGGAAACGUUAUUUGGACGAUAAUCGUCACGCAUUUCAUUGUCAUACGUGAACUUUUUCAAAUAUUCAUAUAUAAAAAACAAAAAUGCGUCAAAGAAAAAAUCGUCGUCGUGACGGGAUCGGGACACGGUUUGGGUAGAAGAAUAGCAAAAGAUUUUGCAAGACUCGGCGCCACAGUCGUCUGCUGGGACGUGGAUAAAGAAAGAAACGAAAACACGGUUUGGGAUAUAAAAAAUACAAACGGUAAAGGUAUAUCCGUUAUAUGUGACGUCACGGAUCGUAAUCACGUUUUUCGUACGGUCGAAUACAUACGAGAAAAUGUCGGGGAAAUUGAUAUUUUCGUGAGUUCCGUCGGUAUAUAUCCGGUACAGGAAAUACUUUUGUGGAAACCUCAAGAACUUUACGAACUUUUCGAUACGAACGUCAUGGCACAAUUUUGGAUAUUGCAAUCCGUCGUACCGAAUAUGAUAAAAAGAAAAAGUGGACAUUUUGUUGCCAUUUCGUCAGCGGCAGCCAUUGCACCUGUCGGAAAUGAAGUUCCUUAUUCUAUGACUAAAUCCGCAUUGUCUUGUUUGAUGGAUGGUUUUAUACAAGAGAUAAGAAAUCAAAAUUAUCAGGGGAUUAAAUUAACGUGCGUUCAUCCGUAUUACACGAAUUGUCGAGACGACAUACCCGUUAAAUUCGAUUUGAGGUUUGGUAGAUUGUCACCCGAUUACGUAUCGAAAGAAAUCGUUAAAGGGAUACGUCAGGAAUGUGAAAUUAUAAGCGUACCACGUUUCAUGCUUUUCUGGAUACAUUUCAUGAAGUUAUUACCUUUCAAUGCCAGAAUGAGAUGGAGAGAUGUUUUUUACACGAGAGUUUAUCCGACUGAUAACACAUCCAACAAAUACACACAAGAUGGCAAAGUUAAAAACAUCGUCGAACAAUUUAAACUUCCGCCAUUGAAUCAAGAUUCUUCUAAAAUAAAAUCAAACGAUUUGCAAUCGAUUAAAAUCGUGUCGAAAAACGGAAAUGAUAUUAUCACUAAUAAUAAUAAUAAUAAUAAUAGUUUAAAUGAUAAAUUAAAGCCUUUACCUGUUCCUACUCCACAACCACCACCACCUCCUCCUCCGCCAUUACCAACAGUUAAUGACAGUUUAAGAUUGUGA